CCUGCGCUUGCUCUGUGAAGGAGACAUGGCGUAUAUAGCUAGCAGUAGGAGAGAAUGAGCAUUUUUUCGACCAAAUCAUCUUGGCUCCAUAUCUUGUUGCUGGCUCAGUGAAUCGCCAUCAUGGUGUUGUUUGGAGAACUAUGACAAUAUUUCAUUGUAUAGUUACUUGGCGUCUAUUCGUUAAUUGAUAGGUGGAAACAGCAAGCGAUGGAUGGAGACAUGGAUUCAGCCGGGGCAGGGCCGGAGAGAAUUCUACUGGAACCUUACAAGUACCUGCUGCAGCUGCCAGGAAAACAAGUCCGGAAAAAACUCUCUCAGGCGUUUAACCACUGGCUCAACGUUCCCGAGGAUAAACUUCAGGUGAUCAUAGAGGUGACUGAGAUGCUGCACAACGCCAGUCUCCUGAUAGAUGACAUCGAGGACAGUUCUACACUGAGGAGAGGUUUCCCUGUAGCCCACAGCAUCUAUGGAGUCCCCUCUGUUAUCAACUCUGCCAACUACGUCUACUUCCUGGGACUGGAGAAGGUGCUGACCCUGGAUCACCCCGAGGCAGUACGUGUGUUCACCAGACAGCUGUUGGAGCUGCACCGUGGCCAGGGCCUUGAUAUCCACUGGAGAGACACCUACACGUGCCCCACAGAGAGCCAGUACCGCACCAUGGUCCUCCAGAAGACAGGGGGCCUGUUCGGCCUGGCCGUAGGGCUCAUGCAGCUGUUCUCUGGUUGGAAACGAGACCUUAAGCCCCUCCUGGACACGUUAGGGCUCUUCUUCCAGAUCAGAGACGACUACGCCAACCUGAACUCAGCGGAGUACAGCGAGAACAAGUCCUUCUGUGAGGACCUGACGGAGGGGAAGUUCUCCUUCCCCACCAUCCACGCCAUCUGGUCCCGUCCUGAGAGCACUCAGGUCCAGAACAUCCUGAGACAGAGGACGGAGAACGUGGACAUUAAGAAGUACUGUGUGGACUACCUGGAGAAGGUGGGCUCCUUCGCCUACACCAGAGAGACCCUGAGAGGGCUGGAGGCCGAGGCAUACCGCCUUAUCACGGAUCUGGGGGGAAACCCUGAACUGGAGGGGUUGGUGAAACACCUCAGUAAGAUGUUUAGAGAGCCUGAGGCUAAGGCUAGGCCUAAAGAGGACUGACCACGUAAACACUUACCAAACAGUCACCGGGAGCCUGAGGCUAAGGCUAGGCCUAAAGAGGACUGACCACGUAAACACUUACCAAACAGUCACCGUGAGCCUGAGGCUAAGGCAAGGCCUAAAGAGGACUGACCACGUAAACACUUACCAAACAGUUACACGCCUGUCAAACAUCUCACCCACAUGCACCGUGAGCCUGAGGCUAAGGCUAGGCCUAAAGAGGACUGACCACGUACACACUUACCAAACAGUUACACGCCUGUCAAACAUCUCACCCACAUGCACCGGGAGCCUGAGCCAGGGAUGGGCAACUGGCUGCCCGCCAAAGGCCCUCAGAUCAUUCAGUCUAGCCACACAGAUUACUGACAUCAUAUUCACUACACUGACACACAGCUGUGUUAUGCAGCCCCCCCCGAGCAUGACAACCAUACCAAACCAACUCACAGCUAUGCUUCACAAACCUUGGCUUUCUAGUACUCUAGACAAAUUGCGAACAAAGCACAGCACAUAUAUUAUAUAUAUAUAUCAUUAUAAAUAUGGAGAAGAGAUCUGUUCAUCACAUGACCUGUCUCUACAAAAACUAGAAAAAAAUGUAAGUCUUACUUGCAGCUUACAAAAGUUUUCAAAUGUGUUCUAUUUCAAUACCAAGUGGAAAUUGGUUCCGGCUUUAGUGUUUUUAGUGAAGGCCAAGCGUCAAUGAGGUGUAGAAGGAAAUAUGAGGUCGGAUUUCUGAGGAUGAUGAUGAUGAUGCCAGAGUGAUGUUUGCUAUUUGGUACAUAUUAGAUGAAUUAAUGGAUACUCUGUUCUACGAAUGUGUUUGGUUAUUGUCCACUGCCUUUACCUAAAGUUUAGUGACUCCAGAUGUUUCACCUGCAACCCGUCAUAGCAACACGUUCUCUAUUUUAUUACACUUGUUUACGUUGAUACGGUAUAUUGCAAAUGGCUACUAUGUAACAAACGUGAAUUGAUUGAAUAAAACCUUUUUGACGAAAAA